AAAAGAUUUCAACCAUGCCCAGGAGAAGCUCAUUUCUUUCAUUCCCAAGAACAAACAGUCAACAACAUAAAGAUUGUGUAUCUUGCAUGGCUUAUUACCAUGCGGAGGGGCUUUUGUAUACGGGUUCGUAUGACAGAACAGUUAAGGCUUGGAGGGUUUUGGAUAAAAAAUGUGUUGACUCAUUUGUGGCGCAUGAAAGCAAUAUAAAUGGAGUAGUGGUGAACCAAGAUGAUGGAUGUGUCUUCACUUGCUCGUCUGAUGGGUCAGUCAAAAUAUGGAGGAGAGUAUAUAGAGAAAACUCUCAUACACUCACCAUGACAUUGAAAUUCCAACAAUCACCGGUAAACGCCUUAGCCUUAAGCUCAUCAUUCAGCAAUUGCUUUCUAUAUUCAGGUUCUUCUGAUGGUACCAUAAAUUUUUGGGAGAAAGAAAAGAUGUCAGGUAGGUUUAACCAUGGUGGGUUCUUACAAGGCCAUCGAUUUGCUGUUUUCUGCUUAGUGGCUAUAGAGACGUUGAUAUUUAGUGGCUCAGAGGAUACGACCAUUAGGGUGUGGAGAAGAGAAGAAGGAAGUUGUUUUCAUGAGUGUUUGGCUGUGUUAGACGGGCAUAGAGGGCCUGUGAGAUGUUUGGCUGCUUGUUUGGAGAUGACAAAAGUAGUGAUGGGGUAUUUGGUAUAUAGCGCAAGUUUGGAUAAAUCUUUUAAGGUAUGGAGAGUUAAAGUUAUGCCUGAAGAAAAAACGUGCUUAGAUUAUUCGGAUCGUAAUGACUCAAAGACGAAGAUGGAGUAUGAGAUGAGUCCUGUGUUGUCUCCUUCAUGGGUAGACAGGAAGAUUAGAAGUAAUUAUUUUCAAUAA